AUGACGGCGAAUCGAGAUCAGGACGUGCCUUCUAUCGGCAGCACCACCACUACCAACGCCGUUCCGUCGAACCUCUCGACACCCGCCAUUAGCGUUCAAAUGAAUGGCGACUUGGAGAAGGGAUCUCCCCAGACAGAUCAGCAGGAUAUGGCGGAACUCAACGCCUCGGAGUCACAAGAGGGUCGUCCCCAGCCCACGGAGAAACCCAUCGUGCCCCCUUCAGGACCGUCAGCGGGUUCGGCUCCAGGCCCGCCACCAGAUGGAGGACUUAAAGCAUGGAUAACUGUGCUGGGAGCUUUCUGUGGCUUAUUCGUCAGCUUUGGAUGGAUCAACUGUAUCGGUGUUUUCCAAACUUACUAUGAGAGCCACCAGUUGAGUGGCAUGUCCCCAAGUACAGUGGCCUGGAUCACCUCGCUCGAGACCUUCGUCAUGUUCUUCGCCGGUCCGCUCUUCGGUAUUCUCUUCGAUAACUAUGGCCCACGCUGGAUCCUGCUUGCUGGAACGUUCCUCCACGUCUUUGGCCUCAUGAUGGCAUCUCUCUCGACAGAAUACUACCAAUUCAUUCUCGCACAAGGCAUCUGUAGUCCUCUUGGCGCAAGUGCCAUCUUCAAUGCCUCUGUCAACUCUGUCAGCGGCUGGUUCGCUAAACAUCGAGCCUUCGCGCUAGGUGUAACAGCCUCUGGAUCAAGCUUGGGUGGUGUCAUAUUCCCCAUCAUGGUGUCAAAACUGAUUCCACAGGUUGGUUUCCCGUGGGCAAUGCGCAUUUGCGCAUUUUUGAUCCUCUUCAUGCUAGGUAUCGCCAACUUGACUCUCAAGUCGAGGUUGAAGCCGCAGAAGAAGGUGUUCCACGUAAUGAAUUUCAUCCGACCACUUGGAGAUAUCAAGUUCGUCUUGACGGUUGGGGCAGCAUUUUUCUUCUUCUGGGGCAUGUUCUUGCCAUUCACAUUCGUGAUUACUUCUGGACAACGGUAUGGCAUGUCAGAGCACAUGUCGGAAUAUCUCAUUCCCAUCCUGAAUGCAGCAAGCAUCUUUGGUCGAACUCUUCCAGGAUAUCUCGCAGACCGUGUCGGCCGCUACAACGUGAUGAUCUUUUUCAGUUUCCUCUCCGGCAUCCUCGUCCUAGCCCUCUGGCUACCGUCCCGCAGCAACGCCCCGGUGAUUGUCUUCAGCGCUCUUUAUGGGUUCGGCUCAGGAGCUUUUGUCUCGCUCGCACCCGCACUGAUCGCACAGAUCUCCGACCUUCGCGAAGUUGGCGUUCGGAAUGGGACUUGCUUCUCCAUCAUCUCGUUGGCCGCAUUGACUGGUACACCUAUUGGUGGAGCAUUGGUUCCGAAUGUGCUGCAUGGCUCAUACACGAAGUUGCAGGUCUUCUGCGGUGUUGUGAUGAUUGCCGGCGCGUCGCUGUUUAUUGUGGCGCGCAUCGUGGUUGGAGGGGCCAAUUUCAAAAAGGUGUAA